GUUUCGACACUGAGCUCCGCACCGCCCUGCCUGAGUCAGUACGGUGCCGCGGCGUUGCACUCACUGCUCUUGCAAGAGGAGAUUGCCAAGAUGUCAGUCGAACGCUCCGAGUCCAAAGAGAGCAGUCAAGGUGGAUCCUUGGAGCGUUGGCAAGGCCCGUACUGGUGGAAUUCAUUGCGCCUCGCUGGAGCGGAACGGGAUCCAUGGGAGGAAGAACAGCAAGAAGCUUGGCAUAUUCGUGCAGUGGACCUGGACGUUGGUCAAGUUGCAGAUCUUGAAGACACAUUGGCACAUGCCAAACUAGAGGACUCCAUCGGGCCUUCGCCGAUGAGUCGAGUGCGUCUCGCUGAGGGAUUGCUGAUUGUGUACAGCACCUGGGCUGUCCUUGCUGUGGAAGGUUAUCUCAUUCACCAAGAUGCCUUGGAGGGUCGGAAGAUGUCGGAAGCAUUUCUUGUGGAGGGGGUUCCAGGCAUCAAGUAUGCGCAGAUGAGCCUGGCGCGCGCUGUGGGUGAAUGCAGCAUUCUGCUGACUGGGCAAAGGUGGUUGGCGCCAUCGAGUCACACUCUUCCGACUGCGUCCGUGACUCUUCUGUGGACGGUGUCGAAACUGCGAUUGCUGGGGAGCGGCUGCAAGUUGAUCGUGGCGAGGGGCGAGCAUUUUGACGGACCCUCCCUCACCUUUGACUCCCAUGGACACAUUGGACACCCCUCGGCGGGCAGAAAAUACGCACUGUGGCUACUGUGGCUGGCU